CGGGAGCCCCUGUCUCCUCCACACGCUUAUUCCGAUUGCGCAGCGGUGCAGGGGAAGAGUGGAGAAGUAGCGACAGAGGCAGUCCGCCAUAUUUCUACCUCACCACGCCCGCAGACAAGCCAUUGAAAAGUCCGUAGAGCUGGCCUCACACUGCAUGCCCUAGUCUCUACCUGCCUUGCCUUCCUCUCUGGUGGAGCCCUUUUUACUCGUCCCCCCUCUCUUCCUUACUGCCAGGGUAGGAACGAGCCGCGACAGCUCUUCAGCAGCAGUUCUCCUCACGGGAGGGGCGAGCGACUGUGUCUGGAAAAAAGGUUCACCGUAAGGAAGUUCUCCCUCCGGGCGCACGCUGAGAUUGCCGGACGGCGGCCUUGUCCACUUUCGGAGCCGAAUUCUCACUUUAGGACAGAAGGAGCGACAGGGAAGCGCAAUUGAAGAGGAGGGGAGGGAUUAACGGACAUUAGCAUUUCCGUGGGGGGUGGUUAUUUCGGAGGGCGGCGGGGGUAUAGUUUGCGAGGGACACUGGGGUGGUGGCAACGGUAGCAGAGGCAGAAACAGAAGUAGUAGUGAGGGAAGGAGGGAGAGGAGUGUUUGUGCUGAACAUCUUGGCUCGCGAAGAAAGCACUGCUGCAGUGGUAGAUGUUUUCAUGUUGCUUGGUGCAUAAUUUAGAGUAGGAGUUGGAAGCGGCGACUAUUUGAGGCAGGGAACCGGGGGGAUUUGUGCUGCUAGGGGCCCGCUUUUUCCUUUGUGUGGCAUCUAGACAGCUCGCUGCACUUGCCCUACAGUGCCCGGGUAGAGACUUCCGGGCAGAGAGCGUCUGUGUCCCCCGGGGCUGGUGCUCUGGUGGGGUGUGUGCGCGCGCGUUUUUAGGGUGGGGGUUGCGUCUGAACCAGUUACGAAGAAUGACUUUGGAGUCCAUGAUGGCGUGCUGCCUGAGCGAGGAAGCCAAGGAAGCCCGGCGGAUCAACGACGAGAUCGAGCGGCAGCUGCGCCGGGACAAGCGGGACGCCCGUCGGGAAUUGAAGCUGCUGCUGCUGGGCACAGGAGAGAGUGGCAAAAGCACAUUCAUCAAACAGAUGAGAAUCAUUCAUGGAUCAGGUUACUCUGAUGAAGACAAAAGGGGCUUUACGAAAUUGGUGUACCAGAAUAUAUUUACAGCAAUGCAGGCCAUGAUCAGAGCCAUGGAUACCCUCAAAAUCCCAUACAAGUACGACCAUAAUAAGGGUCAUGCACAGUUAGUUCGAGAAGUCGAUGUAGAGAAGGUGUCAACUUUUGAGAACCCCUAUGUAGAUGCACUGAGAAGUUUAUGGAAUGACCCUGGAAUUCAGGAAUGUUAUGAUAGACGACGAGAAUAUCAGUUAUCAGAUUCAACAAAAUAUUACCUUAACGACUUGGACCGCAUAGCAGAUUCAGCCUAUCUGCCAACUCAGCAAGAUGUGCUUAGAGUUCGAGUCCCAACAACAGGGAUCAUUGAAUAUCCAUUUGACUUACAAAGCGUCAUUUUCAGAAUGGUGGAUGUAGGAGGCCAACGAUCGGAAAGAAGAAAAUGGAUACAUUGCUUUGAAAAUGUCACAUCUAUCAUGUUCCUAGUAGCUCUUAGUGAAUAUGAUCAAGUUCUUGUGGAGUCUGACAAUGAGAAUCGAAUGGAAGAAAGCAAAGCACUCUUUAGGACAAUCAUCACAUAUCCAUGGUUCCAGAAUUCUUCGGUCAUUCUGUUCUUAAAUAAAAAAGAUCUUUUAGAGGAGAAAAUUAUGUACUCCCAUUUAGUAGAUUAUUUCCCAGAGUAUGAUGGACCACAACGGGAUGCACAAGCAGCACGAGAGUUCAUCUUGAAGAUGUUUGUAGACCUGAAUCCAGACAGUGACAAAAUUAUCUACUCCCACUUCACUUGUGCUACAGAUACAGAGAAUAUACGCUUUGUCUUUGCUGCUGUCAAGGACACGAUUCUACAGUUAAACCUGAAGGAAUACAACCUGGUCUAACUGUGCCUACGAGGCCCUCCAAGACCAUCUUUGUAUGACUGAUGAUGCACAAGAGGGAAUGGAUUAUCUGUGAAAACAAGUUGCAUACUACUAAUUUAUUGCUGGCCUGCACUCUGCAAAUGUUCACAGAGUUUUUUAGUUAAUAUUAUUAUUUUGUUUAAACUAUAUGGAGGAAAACCAAAAUAUGCUGACGUACAUUCACAGUACAUUUUCUUAUUUUUUAGGCAAAAUCUUGUGCCUCAGUGGUUUCUAAAUUCUCAAUCACACACUCACAAAGGAUAACAGGUUUUUGCUAUUGAAGCAAAAUCAAGCUUGUUUCCUCUUUCCCUGACCCUUUCUCUCUCUCCUUCCUUCCCCCCUAUGUUUUAAAAGUUCGAUGACCAUUUUACCACUUGCAUUCCUUGAUAAUAUAUUUUCUGUUGAGUGAUUUGGUCAAGAAAAUUACAGGAAUUUCGUGACUAUAAGGCGCAUCCUUUUGACUAAAAUUUUGAUCGAAACCUGGAAGUACGCCUUAUAAUCCGGUUCACCUUAUAGUCGUGAAAUUACUGUACUAUCAUGAGAAGUGAUCAGUCAUUCAAAUUUUACAGAAUGUGUUUUCUCUGAAGGAUCAAAAGUAUUGAUAGUAUGAUUUUUUUAAUUCUUAAACUUAGUGUUCUCGUUGUCUUCACUUCUGAGACUAGAAUAUUGGGAAUUGCAAAAUAGAAGUAGUUGUGUAUAGAUUUAGAAUUUAAACAUACUUUCACAGUUCAGAAAGAUGUAUACAAGACAGUAAUGAAAUAACUAGACCAACUUCAGAUAUUUAUAGAAUAUCAUAGAAUCUCUUUCUAAUUGCCAUAUGCCAUUAUUUUCUCCUUUAUUCAUUAAUGACAAGUAGAAAUGUCAUGGACACUAUCUUUUCCCAAGUGGCUACAGCCUGAAACAGGGAUAGGGAUUUAUUUUUCAGUUGUGUUCAUUUUUUCUUAAGUUAGAGCUUUUUUAAAGUGUUUUUCCACAGUA